UUUGUCGUGGAAGGUGCGUGUAUUACAGUACCUGUAUGUUUCUAAUAAACAGUGUGACUGUGUUCCUGAAAAAGUGAACAGGUGGAGCAGGAAGAACAGGUAAUGAGAAAAAGAAAACAGCACAGGUAGUUCAACAAAGGAGUUGUCUGAAAAGCAGCAGGAGACUGUUCCACGAGUAAUAACCUUUUAAUGGAGAACAAGAAAAACAGUGCUGCCUCUACAAUGAGUCUUAGUAACGAGAUUGAGAAGGAGAGAAUUCAAAAAGUCCCAACUUCAGAACCCAGUCACCUGUCAAUGAAGAGUAACAGAUCCGUUACUCAGCCCCCCAAUAUAAGUGAAGACGUAGUGACCUCUGACCUCAGGCAGCAUAAAGUAACAGCUCCACUUCAGAAGACUGGAGAACUACACAAACAAGUAGAUGAACUACAAAGAAUCCAACUUCAACUGAAAACAUGCAUGAAGAAAAAAUAUGAGAACUUUUUUGAGGGAAACAAUCUCCAGGACAAUGAAAUCCUCCUGAACAUGAUUUACACACAGCUUUACAUCAUAGAGGGAGAGAGAGAAGGAGUGAAUGAAGAACAUGAGGUUUUACAGAUGGAGAAAACAGCCAGAAUACAAAACUCACAAGACACUCCAAUCUACUGCAAUGACAUCUUUAAAGACUCACCUGAACCAGGAUCUAAGGAGAAAGACCAGAUCAAGACUGUUCUUACUAAAGGCAUCGCUGGAAUCGGAAAAACCGUCUCUGUGCAGAAGUUCAUUCUGGACUGGGCUGAGGGAAAAGCCAAUCAAGAUGUAGAUUUCAUGUUUGUGCUUCCAUUUCGAGAGCUGAACUUGAUCAGAGAUCAUCAGUACAGUCUUCACAGACUUCUGCUGGACUUUCAUCCUGAACUUCAAGAUCUGGACUCAAAGAUUUAUGAGGAGUGUAAAGUUGUGUUCAUCUUGGACGGUCUGGAUGAAAGUAGAAUCACACUGAUGUUUUCAGAUGAUCAGAAAGUUUGUGAUGUUACUGAGACUUCAUCAGUCAGUGUGUUGAUGUCAAACCUCAUGAAAGGAGAGCUGCUUCCCUCUGCUCUCAUCUGGAUCACCUCCAGACCAGCAGCAGCCAAUCAGAUCCCCUCCAAAUACAUCAACCGUCUGACAGAAAUUCAGGGAUUCACUGAGCCUCAGAAGGAGGAAUAUUUCAGGAAGAGAAUCAGUGACCAGCAUCAAGCCAGCAGAAUCAUCUCAUACAUCAGAAGAACAAGAAGCCUCCACAUCAUGUGCCACAUCCCCGUCUUCUGCUGGAUCUCAUCCACUGUGCUUCAGAAGAUCCUGGAAGAAGAUAUGAGUGCAGAAAUCCCCCAAACUCUGACUGAAAUGUACAUCCACUUCCUGCUGAUUCAGAUUAACAUGAGGAACCAGAAGUAUGAAGAGAGUGAUCCAGAGAAACUCCUGCAGUCCAACAGAGAAGUGAUUGUGAAACUUGCUGAAGUGGCUUUCAAACAGUUGAUGAAGGGUAAUGUGAUGUUCUAUGAGGAGGACCUGAUUGAGAGCGGCAUAGAUGUCACUGAUGCCUCAGUCUAUUCUGGGAUUUGUACUGAGAUCUUUAAGGAGGAAUCUGUGAUUCAUCAGAAGAAAGUCUACAGCUUCAUUCAUCUAAGCAUUCAAGAGUUUCUCGCUGCCUUCCAUGUGUUUUACUGCUAUUUAAGCAGCACCACAGAGACUCUUAAGGUUUUUGAUUCAAUGCAUAAUCUGUUUAAAGGAGCAGUAGAUAAAGCCCUUGCCAGUGAGAAUGGACACCUGGAUUUGUUCCUGCGGUUCCUGCUGGGUGUCUCAUUGGAUUCCAAUCAGAGACUCUUACAGGAUCUACUGACACACACAGAGAACAGCUCAGAGAGCAUCAGGAGAACCUCACAGGACAUUAAACACAAGAUCAAGAGUCUAAAUGAUAAUAAUGAGACGUAUGUACAUGAAACUGAGAAAGACAAACAAGUUAAAAAACAUCUCUCAGCUGGUCAGUCCAUCAAUCUGUUCCUCUGUCUGCUGGAAGUGAAAGAUCAGACUCUGUCCAGAGAGAUUCAGGAGUUUGUGAAAUUAAUCAAACACUCGGAUAAGGAAGAAUCAGAGAAGAGAGAAACAGAGAAUAAAGAAUCAGAGAAAAAACUCUGUCCUGCUCACUGCUCAACAAUCUCCUACAUGCUUCAGAUGUCAGAGGAGCCGCUGGAUAAGCUGGACCUCAAAAAAUACAACACAUCAGAUGAGGGCAGAAGAAGACUGAUACCAGCUGUGAUCAACUGCAGAAAAGCUCUUCUUAUCGGCUGUGAUCUCUCUUAUCAGUUCUGUACAAUUGUGUCAUCAGCUCUUCAAUCCUCAAACUCUGUCCUGAGAGAGCUGGAUCUGAGUAACAAUGACCUGCAGGAUUCAGGAGUGAAGCUGCUCUCUGAUGGACUGAAGAGUCCAAACUGUCAGCUGCAAAUACUGAGGUUGUCAGGCUGUAUGGUGACAGAGGAAGGCUGUG